CAUAAAACAGAGCAAGAUGGGAGUGUCCAGUGGCUGCGCCGCCGCUUCCGGCGGCGACGGCUUGAAACUGGAGCUCUUCCGGUUUCUGGUGCAGGUGGUGCGCGGCCGGUGGUUCAUGUUCUUCUCCUCUUUCCUGAUCAUGGCGGCCGCCGGCGCCACUUACAUCUUCUCCAUCUACUCCAAGGACAUCAAGACUUCCCUCGGCUACGACCAGUCCACCCUCAACACCCUCUCCUUCUUCAAGGACCUCGGCGCCAACGUCGGAAUCCUCUCCGGCCUCAUCAACGAGGUCACCCCGCCGUGGGUCGUGCUCUCCCUCGGCGCCGCCAUGAACCUCUUCGGCUACCUCAUGAUCUACCUCGCCAUCACCGGCCGGACGGCGCCGCCGCCCGUGUGGCUCAUGUGCCUCUACAUCUGCGUCGGCGCCAACUCGCAGACCUUCGCCAACACCGGCGCCCUCGUCACCUGCGUCAAGAACUUCCCCGACCACCGCGGCAUCGUCCUCGGCCUCCUCAAGGGCUUCGUCGGCCUCAGCGGCGCCAUCAUCACGCAGCUCUACUACGCAAUCUACUUCGACGACUCCAAGUCCCUCGUCCUCCUCGUCGCUUGGCUCCCCGCCGCAAUCUCCAUCGUCUUCGUCCACACCAUCCGCAUCAUGAGCGUCGCUGCCUCGCCGCCGGGAAAGACCCCCCGCGCUUUCUAUUACUUCCUCUACAUCUCCCUCGCCCUCGCCGCCUACCUUCUCGUUGCCAUCGUCGUCGAGAAAUCCGCCGGCAACUUCUCCCGCUCCGAGUACUCCGCCAGCGCUACCGUCGCUAUCCUCCUCCUCCUCCUCCCUCUUGUUGUCGUCGUCAAACAAGAGCUCAACAUCUUCAACCGGCGAAAACACGAACUCCAAAAUUCGGCGCCGAUCGACAUAACCGUUCAGAAACCAUCACCGGUAACGGUUCCAAAAAUUUCACCCACGGCUGCAGCUGAAAAAGAAACAGGGGGCGCGGUGGUGCGGUGUGUGUCGGAGAUGUUCCGGCCGCCGGAGCGAGGGGAGGACUAUUCAAUUCUGCAAGCACUGGUGAGCGUCGACAUGCUCGUGCUGUUCUUCGCCACCAUUUGCGGGGUCGGCGGCACGCUGACGGCGAUCGACAACAUGGGGCAGAUCGGGGAGUCGUUGGGGUACCCGAAGCAGAGCAUCGGCACAUUCGUGUCCCUCAUCAGCAUCUGGAACUACGCCGGCCGGGUGACCUCCGGCUUCGCGUCGGAGAUCCUGCUAACCAAGUUCAAGUUCCCUCGGCCGCUGAUGCUGACGGCGGUGCUCCUCCUCUCCUGUGUCGGCCACCUCCUCAUCGCCUUCGGAGUCCCCAAUUCCCUCUACUUCGCCUCCGUCGUCAUCGGCUUCUGCUUCGGCGCUCAAUGGCCGCUGCUCUUCGCCAUCAUCUCCGAGAUCUUCGGACUCAAGUACUACUCCACGCUGUACAACUUCGGUGGCGCCGCCAGCCCGCUGGGGUCGUACCUCCUCAACGUGAGGGUGGCGGGGCACUUGUACGACGUGGAGGCGAGGAAGCAGAGGACUCUGGCGGGCGGCACCGGCGACGACAGGGACUUGACGUGUGUCGGCGUGGAGUGCUACAAGAUGUCGUUCCUCAUAAUUACGGCCGUGACGGUGGUCGGCGCGGCGGUGUCGCUGGUGCUAGUGUGGAGGACGAAGGAGUUCUACAAAGGAGACAUCUACGCCAAGUUUAGGGAGCAGAGGGAGGCGGCGGAGCAAGAGAUGGCUAUGGGAGGGUUCAGCUUCGAGGGAGAGCAUCAUGAUUCAGAAAGGAAGAAGAAAGCUGCUCUAGCUCCAGCUCCGGCGCCGGCGCCGGAAGAGGAGAGCCAUAGAAAUGGGAAACCAGUAAAUUAAAAGUAAGCGAAGACAAUUAAAGAAAUCUUAUUAUGACCAAAAGAUUUCUUUGACUAAUUGAUUACUUAAUAAUUAGCUUAUUAAAGAAAUCUUGGGAAGGAUUGCAUUAUCUCUCUCCUCCAAUAUAAUCAAUCAAUC